AUGCCAGCUGCGUCUAAAUGCUUCAAUGGUGGUGGUGAACAUGUGCCCCUGUUAGGGCGAAGGAGGCGGUUCAUUGCAUUGGUUAUCAACUGCACAGAGAGGAACAAAGAGGAAAUCGGAGAAACAGGCAUCGUUUGCGCCUGUUUAUUAUACUCUGCUCUCCUGCACGUGACUUCGCCUCCCAUACACACGCCUAACUUGACUUCGCCUCCCAUACACACGCCUAACGUGACUUCGCCUCCCAUACACACGCCUAACGUGACUUCGCCUCCCAUACACACGCCUAACGUGACUUCGCCUCCCAUACACACGCCUAACUUGACUUCGCCUCCCAUACACACGCCUAACGUGACUUCGCCUCCCAUACACACGCCUAACUUGACUUCGCCUCCCAUACACACGCCUAACUUGACUUCGCCUCCCAUACACACGCCUAACGUGACUUCGCCUCCCAUACACACGCCUAACGUGACUUCGCCUCCCAUACACACGCCUAACGUGACUUCGCCUCCCAUACACACGCCUAACGUGACUUCGCCUCCCAUACACACGCCUAACGUGACUUCGCCUCCCAUACACACGCCUAACGUGACUUCGCCUCCCAUACACACGCCUAACGUGACUUCGCCUCCCAUACACACGCCUAACGUGACUUCGCCUCCCAUACACACGCCUAACUUGACUUCGCCUCCCAUACACACGCCUAACUUGACUUCGCCUCCCAUACACACGCCUAACGUGACUUCGCCUCCCAUACACACGCCUAACUUGACUUCGCCUCCCAUACACACGCCUAACGUGACUUCGCCUCCCAUACACACGCCUAACGUGACUUCGCCUCCCAUACACACGCCUAACUUGACUUCGCCUCCCAUACACACGCCUAACGUGACUUUGCCUCCCAUACACACGCCUAACGUGACUUCGCCUCCCAUACACAUGCCUAACUUGACUUCGCCUCCCAUACACACGCCUAACGUGACUUCGCCUCCCAUACACACGCCUAACUUGACUUCGCCUCCCAUACACACGCCUAACGUGACUUCGCCUCCCAUACACACGCCUAACGUGACUUCGCCUCCCAUACACACGCCUAACUUGACUUCGCCUCCCAUACACACGCCUAACAGAUGGACAACCGGAUAUUUCAAAGAGGCACCAAUGUAA